ACCCAAAAAGAAAAAGAUAAAAAGAUAAAAGAAAAAAUUCUCCUCCUCCUCCUUCCUUCCCCUUCGUCUUCUGCUUUUCUUAAAGGCGGCAGUUUCUCUCUCUAGCUGCAGCUGGGGCCCCCCGAGUCUGCAAAUACCCAGCAGAACUCGGACUGGGUCUCUCUGCCAUUUCUCUUCUCUCUUUCUCUCGCCCCCGCCGAGUCUCUCUCUGCCAUUUCUCGCGCUCGAAGAUGGCCAUGCCCGAUGCUCUGGACGACGGGGAGUUCUGGCUCCCUCCCCAGUUCCUCGCCGACGGCGGCGACGACGACUUGCUUGCUGCUGCGGCGGCGGCGGCGGCGGCCGUGGCGGUGGAGAAGAAGGGCCUCGACCCGUGCCGCGGCUUCGGCUACUCCGGCCUCAGCUCCCCGGUGGACUCGCUGUUCGGGUCCACGGAGACCGAGAGCGACGAGGAGGACUUCGUCCUCGCCGACCUCACCCGGAGAAUGGCCGGCUCGGCCCUCGGCGGGGAGGGUCUCAAGAAUCCCGACUUCGCUGAUUUUGCUCGUGCUUACUCCAAGGGACGGUGUCUGUCUGUUUCCCCGCAAUCCACGCUGUGCGGUUGUUGUCAAGCUCCUUCGCCGUUCCAGGCCUCAUCCCCUCCUGGCGGCUGGGAUCUGCUGCGCGAGGCCGCCGGGGAGGCCGCGAAGAUGAGACUCCACAGGUUGCAGCAGCUUCACGAACUCGAGUUCGGCACGAAUGUCCCGGGUCAUUACUUUUACCAGAGGAAAGUCGCCGCAAGCCCUGUCACUGCGGCGAAGAACCCUAACUCGAACGUCAAUUUUUACCCACACCAGUCGCUUUCCUACCAGCAGAUGCUGUUUGAUCAGCAGCUGAAACAGCAGCAGCGAGAUUCUGGGGCUUGGGGAUCGCAACCGAAAGCGACGCAACAACAGCAGCGAAUGGUGGUCCAUCAAGUGGCGAGAGACGACGACGCUGUUGUCUAUACCCGAACGGUGGUGGCCGGACCACCCCGGGCUUGGCCCCAUCUGCAUGGCCUUCGCUCGAGCAGUCGCAGCGGCAACACCAGCACAGCCACAGCGGCCGCCUCCAGCACCCCCAACUCCAGAACGGCACGGGCAUGCGGGCGGUGCUCCUCCGCACCCCUCCGGCUGCCGCGAAGAGGGAGUGCGCCGGCACCGGCGUGUUCUUGCCCCGCAGGGCCGGUUCUCAACCCGAACCCCGCAAGAAGCCUGCUUGUCCGACGGUGUUAGUACCGGCCAAAGUGGUCCAAGCUCUCAACAUGAACCUGAGCUCUCGGCAGGCUCAGCCUGGUCUUCAGACCCGCCGUCUCGACGGACGUCUCGCUCCUGAAACUGAUGGUGUUUGGAAGUUCCCGGCGAGCGGACCCUGCGCGCAGCCGCGGCGGAACCUCCGUGCGCAGCCGGCGAUGGGCCAUGAACUCCGGCUACCUCAGGAGUGGACGUAUUGACGACGCUGGCUCGGUUUCCGUCUCAUCGUGACUAAAGCUAGGGUUUUUUUUUUUUUUUUUCUGGAGAAAGUCGUUAGUAUUAGGAAGAAGAAGAACAAGCAUAUGGAAGGGGAAAAAAUAGGGUUUUUUCUCUCUUUUUUUCUUAGGAUUUAGAUUUUAGGAUGAAUAAAUGAAAUUUUACUGCAACAGUGCCAAAUUGAAGGGAAGGAGAAGGAGGAAAAAGACGGUAGGGACGUGUUUUCCUUUUUUUUUGGGGGGGUUUUUUCAGGAGGCGUGAAGGAGAAGACCGCGGUCAACGGGGCGUUUUUGCUUUUCCGGGUCUCUCCCCUUCUCUUCUCUCUGGUGGUUCCUUUUUUUCUUUUUGGCUUUGGGGGGCAAUAAGGUCAUUUUGAAAAUGCCAAGGGUGUGGGGUGGGUCCCAUUGUUUUGUGAAGGGAGGUCACACAGCCCUUUCUUCUACUACUUACCUACAUAUAAUGAGAAGAGAUAUUAUGUGGAAACUGAAAA